AUGGCCAGCGCUCCAGAUUUUGACGUCGUCAUCAUCGGUGCCGGCAUAUCAGGCAUCAACACUGCGUACCGCAUCCAGUCCAACUUUCCCAGCUGCAAAUAUUGCAUCCUCGAAGCGCGAGACGCCAUCGGCGGAACGUGGCAUCUCUUCAAGUACCCCGGGAUCCGGUCCGACUCGGACCUGUUCACGUUUGGCUUCCAGUGGUACCCGUGGAAUCGGAACAAUCCCAUCGCCACUGGCGAGUCCAUCCUGGAGUACCUCGCCGAGGCGUCGUCAAAGUACGGCAUAGACAAAAACAUUCGGUUCAGGCACAAACUGCAACAUGCCUCGUGGUCUACAGAAUACCAAGAAUGGACACUGUCAGUAGCCCGAGGCAACAAAGCCACCUCCAUCUCGUCUCGGUUUGUCGUCUUUGGCACCGGAUACUACGACUACGGCACGCCGCUGCAAACCCACAUUCCCGGCCUCGACAGCUUCGCAGGACAAGUGGUCCAUCCCCAGUUCUGGCCCGACAAGCUGGACUACGCCGGCAAAAAGGUCGUCGUCAUCGGCUCAGGCGCCACCGCCGUCACCCUCCUACCCAAACUCGCCGAAAAGGCCAGGCUGGCAACCAUGCUCCAGCGAAGCCCGACGUACAUUGUCGCGCUGCCCAACCGCUCAGCAAGCUCCUUGGUCGACUAUAUUCUUCCCCGCGCCGUCGCGCUGCGGCUGAAACGGUUGCGCUGGAUCAUCACGUCCCGCCUCUUCUUCCUGUUCUGCAGAUCCUUCCCCUCGGCCGCAAGAUGGCUGUUUAGACGCGGGACCCUGCGCCUCCUACCGACCACCAUGUCCUUUGACCCUCACUUCAACCCCAAGUACGACCCUUGGGCGCAGCGGCUAUGUGUCUGCCCAGACGGCGACUUCUACAAGGCCCUGCACACGGGACACGCCGACGUGGUCACUGGCACCAUCAAGUCCGUCACGUCUGCUGGCAUCCAACUCAACUCGGGCGGCUUCCUAGACGCCGACAUCAUCGUCACAGCGACAGGCCUAAAAGUCCAGCUCGGCGGCGGCGCGACGCUAGACGUGGACGGCGAGCCGGGGGCCCCGGCGGACAAGUUCAUGUGGAGGGGCGCCAUGUUGCAGGAUGUCCCCAAUGCCUUCUUCGUCAUGGGGUACACGAACGCUUCCUGGACCCUGGGUGCCGACGCGACUGCUACCUUGGUCGUGCGGCUGUUUCGGACUCUUGAGCAAAACGGCAGCACGAGCAUGGUGCCAAGGGUGCAGAACCCCGAAGCCAUGCAGCCGACGUCGCUUCUGGAUCUGAAUUCGACGUAUGUGAAGGCGGCGGCGGGCGCAAUGCCCAAGGCCGCGACCAAAGGCGUCUUUGCGCCGCGGGACAAUUAUUUGGCUGACGACUUUCGCGCAAAGCACGGGAGUCUGGAUGGCUUGGAGUGGGUUCGGAGGGGGUGUGGGAAUGGAAAGGUAUAG